GCGUAUCUUGAGUGUCAAACAUGGCGUCGAUCGCGCUCCACCGUUGAGGGUAAGGAGAUUUGAGGGCCGUCGAUGAUCGCAUCGACUCGACGUUUCUGACUUCUGUAGAAUUCUCGCCCGCAUGACUCGUCCGAGCGUGGAGUGAUAUGUCCUCGUACACGUUCUCGCAGAAACUGUUCACGCCGACGCCACCUGAGCGCGGCAGCUUUCCGUUGGAUCACGAAGGCAUCUGCAAGCGCAUUAUGAUCAAAUAUAUGCGCUGCUUGACGGAACAUCACAAUCGAAACGACUCGUGCCGCGACAUCGCCAAGGAGUACCUCAGUUGUCGUAUGGAUCACAACCUGAUGACUCGCGAGGACUGGUCCCAGCUCGGUUUCGACGUCGACCAGCCCAAGAAGAUAUAAAUCUCGUCUUCAACGUGGACCAACCCCACGUAGACUCCACUACUGCCCUCGACGCUGCCUGCCUGGCGCAUUUCGAUUAUCGCGAUUCUCGCUGGAACGCGGCGACAGCCCUGGGAAAGGAGAGCGGAUCCCGACAAGCGGACAGCGUAGCUUUUAUUGCCGCGAGUGGCGUGAUAUCAUCCUAGUUUCUUCACACGUAGCGUUAUCGCGUACAAUAUCGGGGUAAUCUAUCGAUAUUGGGGGAACCUAAACAGAAGGAAUUUGAGCGAUAUCGUGUGUGCUUGCCUUAGAGAAGGAAGAUCACGUUGAGCGUGCGACGGAUAGUAAGUCACCGUAAUAAUCAGACAAUAUUUUAACGUUCGCGCAUGAAUUUUCCAUCUCUAAAGAGCAAUCCUUGAUAAAAUUCACAAAAUAUUGAGAAUGUAUUGACACGAACGUUACAUUGUUUCCUGACAGCUCCUAGUGUGCAAGAAUUAAGGAUAACAGGACAGUAUUGUAUGAGAAAAAGAGAGCAAGAGAGGAGAGCUCCUUGAAUCUAGGGCAUCCUGGUAGCUUCUGUCAUUGUGUUCUAUGGUUGAAUCGUGUUACAACCAGUGGCCUAAGAUUAUUGCGUAAUAGAGUAUAUAUAUAUAUAUAUAUACAUUGUCGAUAGAAGAUUCUAAUAUUUAUCUCACGUUAUAGCGGGAAGAUUUCGCCAAAGCACUUAGAUUAUAUAUAUAUAUAUAUAUAUAUAUAUAUAUAUAUAUAUAUAUAUAAUUAUUACCUAUAAUA